AUGAUGUCUUCAUUCUCCUCCAUCCUCGCUGCGAGCUUGACCAUCGGUUCCACCACUGCUGCUCCAUGGGGUCCCCAGUGGUGGGGUGGACCCAAGCCUCAAUGGGGCGGUAGCAACAACAAUGCCGGCCAGAGCAGUGGCAUAAACGUACAGCUCGGUCCUAGGCCCUACUAUCUCGUCAACAACAUGGAUCCUGGUCCUCUGAAGGACAAGCUCGAGUCCUGCUCCGAAGGACCUUUCAAGACUUCUACGUUCUCGAUCUCCCACCGUGGAGCACCGUUGAUGUUCCCAGAGCACUCUCGACAAGGCUAUGUUGCUGCAGCCCGCAUGGGAGCUGGCAUCAUCGAAUGCGAUGUAUCCUUCACGUCCGACCGCGAACUCGUGUGCCGCCACAGCAACUGCGAUCUUCAGUAUACCACCAACAUCCUUGCCCAUCCAGACCUUGCGGCGAAGUGCUCCAAGCCUUUUGUCCCAUACAAUGCCACAACCAACACUCCUGCCAGUGCAACUUGCUGCACAUCUGACAUCACACUCAAGGAAUUCAAGUCUUUAUGCGCUGAGAUGGAAGCCACUACUUUCAAUGCCCUCAACGUCAGCACGACGACCACUCCCAACUUCGGUCGGAUCGGGACAACACCCGACUGGAGGACGAAUAUGUAUUCCUACUCCUGUGCCGAGCCUAUGUCACUCAAGGACCAGAUUACUCUCGUCGACAGCUUUGGUGUCAAUUUCACAGCAGAGGCGAAGACUCCCCAGAUUCCCAUGCCAUUCCAAGGAAAUUACACGCAACAGGACUUUGCCCAGCAGAUCGUGGACACUUUCAACGAGAUGAAAAUUGCCGCAAACCGCGUGUGGCUCCAGUCUUUCCUGCCGGAUGACAUCUUCUACUGGUUAGCGAACGACGACUCCUUCGGUGUACAGGCCAUCUACCUCGACGAGCGCGCGGAUUUGACCGCUGAUGGCUACGAUGUGGCUGUCGCCUCGCUCCCGGGUCUGGCAGCGAAGGGCGUCAAGAUUAUCUCACCAUCUAUCUGGCAGCUUGUGACAGCAGACAACGCUACCGGCAAGAUCGUGCCGUCAUCUUAUGCAAUCGCAGCCAAGAAGGCUGGCCUCGAAAUCAUCACCUGGUCGUUCGAUCGCUCGGGUCCAUUGGAGAUCCAGGGUGGUGGAUACUACUAUACUGGUGUGAAUAACUUGAUCAACAACGAUGGCGAUGAAUACACUGUGAUCGAUGUGAUCGCGCAGCAAGUCGGUGCUACUCGCAUCUUCGCUGACUGGGCUGCCACCGUCACCUACUACGCCAACUGUUUCGGUCUCUAG